AUGAAUAUUUCGGAUUCAUUACCUGGAUGUAGACAUACCACUGAUCUCACUUUUACCCCGCUUCAGGUCACAUUCCGAGUGUUUGUGUUGCCCUUUACAUGUUUGCUGGGACUUUGUGCCAAUCUCUGCAAUGUCUACGUCUUCUCCAACAAAAAGGUGAGGGAUUAGAGUGCAGAUAAAUAGUUUGGCGGUUUGGAUUAUCUUUGGACUUGCAAUUGGGUUUUUUGCAAGGACUUGGAUUUUGAAAGUAAUGCGAAAUCCGGAAAAGUCGUCAGUACUUCUUCUAGUUGAAACAGGCAGAGUUUGAAGGUCAAAAGAUGCCUCAAACUUACGUUUUUAGAGAUCUCCAGAUGUUUUAUUCAUCAAUUUUUUUUUUAAAUGUAGACAUUUAAACGGUAGCAUUUCCAGGGCAAAGACCUGAAAAUGCUACCGCAAGUCUUAAAAUGACAGCAGACAUUAAUUUUGGGUCCAGAAAGUCCUUCAACAUUAAUUUUUAAACAGAUUUUGCCUUAUUUUAGACAUUAAAACAGGAAAAUAUAACGAUGAUUACUUUAAAAUCUGAUGACAAAACAAUUCCAAUGCCUAAAGUAAUAUAUUCAAAGCUUUUUGAUUUAGAUGCGGAGUCACCUGGUCAACUACUUUUUGCUUUGUCUGGCCAUCAGCGACGCGAUUGUUUUGCUGACCUCCUUUUUUGUUUUCUGUUUCCCGGUCAUCGCCGAAUACACAGAGGACGAGUCGUUGGUCCGAUUUGCUCCGUCGGCCCUCAGUUUCUUCUACCCGUUGGCUCACACAGCCCACACCAACUCGGUUUAUCUGACGACUUUGGUGUCGGUCCAUCGAUAUCUUGGAGUUUGCCAUCCGUUUUUGGUAUGUUUCGAUCAAACUCUGAUGUCAUUCUAAAAGGACCUAAGAGAAGAAAGACUCAAAAUAUUAUUUUCAAACAUUUCAUCGUCCGUUUUGGACAACAAGAGCCCUUUUCCAUUUAGUUUCGCCACCAAAAAUAUUCUUUUAUCCCGACCGGUGCAAGGAUUACGGUACUUUGAAUUCUUAGACCCAAUAUGUCCCCUACCAUAAAUUUCGUAAUAAAUUUGGAAUUUAGGCCCGACGGCUGAGCAAUAAGAACGUCGUACUGAAGGUUAUCUUGUACGCUUUUGUCAUCUCGAUUGGCUUCAACGUUCCUCGAUGGUUGGAAUUAAGUGCCAUUCCUUGUCUCAGUGAGGUGUGGAGAAGGUAAAUUAUGAUCUAAUUAUUAUUUUGAAUUACUGUUUGCAUCCAUUUCUUCAUGUCCUUUUCUCGACCUUAUCGUAAUUAUAUUGGUCAUCAAGUAUAAUGUAAUUUUAUAUAUAAAUCUGUUUCCAGGAAAAGUAUGAUGAUAGCUCCGUCAGCAUUUAUGCUCGACACGACAUAUACAAUUGUCUACCGUAACGUUCUCUACACCCUUCUCAUGUUCUGCAUCCCAUUUUCCGUCCUAACCUGGGUCAACUGUCGGAUUGUGACAGCUCUAAAAUUGUCAAAAAUCAUAAGGAAAAAGAUGACGCACACUUUUGGAGAUGAGCCCAGUGCUUCGAAUAUCUCGUUUACAAUGAAGCCUGUUAAUAGUAAUGGACCGGACAGCGCUCGGAGCAGCGGAAAGAGUAGCAAGGACAUGAAAAAAGGUGAGAUCUUUGGACGAAAAUUUAUUUUUUUUUUUGAAAAAAAUUGUCAUUCUCUGCAAUGUUGAGUGUUGGGAGCAAAAGGUUUUUUAACAAUUUUUCCGCUUCAAAUUCAAGAAUAUAGGGAUCAAAAACAUUUUUUCCUGGCCGUCUAGACGCGUCUCUCAUUUCCCGUAGUCUAUCAAAUGAUGAUUUUAAUAGUUCGGCUACACAAGGACAGCAUUAACUAAGAUUUCAAAGCCUAAUCUAGGGGCUUAGAGAAGUCUCGUGAAAAUAUUUUUUUUGGAUUUACAGUUUUUUUGAAAUAGAAAACGACAUCAAUAACAAACAUCCUAACAUCAUAUUCCGAAUCCUAAUCCGCGUGUUUUUAGAGCGCAAAGAGACAUCAAUCACGAUCAUGUUGGUGGCCAUGGUGACGGGUUUCAUCUACUUCAACAUGCUCGCCUUUAUAAAUAACUUAUUCGAACUGUUCGGUAUCGAUGCUGUCAUGAAUGAAUACUACACCAUGUUGGUGGAGGGCAGCACUUUUCUGGUCUGCAUUAAUGGAGCGUCAACCAUCGUGAUCUACUUGUUAUUCAGCAGUAAAUACCGCGCUAUUGUAGCCAAGGUAAGGGGUUUUAUUUUAUAUUGAACUACCGAAAGAGUCGUUUCUUCCCCAAAAAUUAUAACGUUGAAACUCCGUUGCCUCACUGUAACGAAUAAUUUUUUGGCCAUAGCAAAAUCUUUUAUGAACAACAGCCGUAAAAGACGCAUCCGUUUUGCUUGGCUGUCUGAUCAAAACUGAAAGGAAUUCAAUUUUCUGAAUUCUUGCGUUGGGCGCGACAAAAGUAAUCAUAUGAAAAAGUUAGGCGCAGUGCGAAAAUAUGAUUCGUCUGCUCGUCAAAUUUCUUUACAAAGUAUUUUCUGCACUUUUUGUUGUCUUGUUGAGAGCAAAACAUGUACACAAACAAGUCAUGCCAUCUGAAAUAUUAAUAUUUCCAGCUCAUUAUGGAAUCCUGCUACGUUCGAUUCGCCAGGGGGCUCUGUUUUAAAAGCGACGAGGAGUUUCGAACCAGUGCCAGUCUCAUUCGACCGCGGACUCAACAAAGACCGCCCCGAUUCUUCGACAACACCAAUCAAUUAACCUUACGCUAA